UUCAUUCCUUUCUUUCUUUCUUUUGAGAUUUUUAUACCCUUUUCAGUUCAGCAAAUUCUAUUCGGAUUCAAUCGAUGGUAGAAGUUACUUUCAAGGCCGAGAUCACGCACCCGAUCCCUAAGGCCAGGUUGGUCGAGGCUUUUCUCGAAGCCAAGGGCUUCUUCCCCCACACCCUCCUACCAGCCAUAAAAAAUGCCGACAUCCAAGAGACGAUUUCUGUCGAAGGCAGACAGCGCAGGACGGUGAGACACACGGUUAAAGCGCCGGACCAGGAGCCCUUCCUCUACAACCACUCGACCGUCGAUCGUGAUGAGCAGGGCAGAAUCUCCAAGGAAACCAGCCAUGAGGUGAAGAUCGUUGCGUUGCCCCUGGAGGGCGGCUCGGUCUGUAAGUACGCGGGCAGGUGCUUCACCGUCGGCCAAGGGGAUAUCACGGAGGAGGAGAUGAUCGGGGCCAUGAGAGAGAAGGCGUCCGUGAUGUUCAGGGCCAUCCAGGCUUAUCCGGAGGCGAAAUCCAUGGAACCCAAUCCUGCUCCAAUGGCUCCGCCAAGGAGAGUUCGCUAUGUGGAUUAGCGAAUAUGAUGGUUCUGGGAAAUGUCUCGUAAAAUUACUGUACUUGCUUCGUUCGCAAGCCCAUAUGAAGUGUUGUCCGAAUAAACUUUGGUCCGAUGUGGUCCUCGAUUGAGUGAUUAUCGUA